AGGUCGUCUCCAUGGAAUCCGGACCAGGAACACGACCGAACCUCUUUGUCUCACAUACUCAUGUUUAUCCAAGCUAUGGAUAAAGGCAUUUCAAGUUUUCUACAGUCUCUACAUCCUUUAUAUGUGUGCCACGAAGGACAGCAACAGACCUGACCAUUUUGGUAAUACCGACCGACACUGGCUAUCGAUGCUACCUUGGUGCAUACAAGUAGAUUGCGUCCUGCGUUAUUCACCUCUCAAGAAAGGGUCCGAUAUUCUGAUAUUCUGACUGACCAUUUAGCCGCAAAAUCGAUGGUCGCCGCCAAGGGCCUGGCCGCAUGUAGGUUUAAAACGCUGCAUGGCUCGAUCUCUUAAAUACACUCGCUGUUGUUAAGAGACCGCCAGCUCACUCCACAAUACGCAGAACCUCAUCCUACUACCUGUCCUGAAUCAUACUGAAUAUGUCUACUCCCCGAGUCUGGUUCAUUACCGGUACCUCUUCUGGCUUUGGCAGGUUAACGACCGAGAAAGUCCUUAGUCAUGGAGACAUUGUUGUUGCAACAGCAAGGAAGCCUGAGGCACUCGACGACCUAAAGAGCCAAUAUCCGAGUAGCAAGCUGCUUGUCCUCCCCCUCGACGUCACCGACUACCAGCAAAUCAAGGAUGCUUUCUCCAAGGCGAAGGAUGCGUUUGGCAGAAUCGAUAUUGUCUUCAACAAUGCAGGGCGUGGCCUUGUGGGCGAAGUCGAAGGAAUCCCGGAAGAAGAAGCCCGCGCGCUGUUUGAUACGAACUUCUGGGGAGCGAUGAAUGUUAGUCGCGAAGCAGUUCGGUUUUUCAGGGAAGAGAACAAGCCUGCGGGCGGCAGAUUGCUUGUUAACUCCUCGAGGGUAGGCAUUCAAGCCAUGCCCCUCAUAGGAUUUUAUUCAGCGACCAAACAUGCGUUGGAAGGCAUUACCAAGGCACUUGCUCAGGAGCUUGAUCCAGCUUGGAAUAUAAAGGUAACGUCCUUGGUUCCUUGGUCUCUGGAGGUCGUGCCUUAUGAGUCUCCAGGUCACUCUAGUCCAACCUGGAUUCUUCCGUACCGCCGUAGAAACAAAGUCUGUUCUCUGCCCGAUCCAUCCCGCCUAUAGCGACCCCGCUCUCCCUGGAAAUCUCAUUCGCGCCUCGAUCAAGAGUGAUAGGCCAUUCGGUUCGGAUACUGUGGAAGGCGUGAAAAGGAUAUACGAUGUAGCGGGAUUACCGGAGCCACCUUUGAGGCUCCCGAUAGGGCUAGACUCGAUCGAAGCAAUUAGAGCUGAGUUGGCGAGCGUCAAGGCGGAUACUGGAAGGCAUGAACACUGGUCUGAAGGUCUGGUGUACAUCGACGUAUGAAGAGCAUAACCUGUUUUUGUGCACAUUAAUGUUUCGCUUUUGCGGUCGCUUGGGAUAGAGUUUCAUUUCCAUUCUCCACUCGUUCACCUUGACGUGUAAUAGAUUUCGAGUUUAAUAGCUGUUACAGGACAUGCAAUUGCACGCUGGACCGAUACAACACGG